AUGGCUCUUACAACAGGUCCCGAAUCACAGGUUAGGCGCCUGAAGAGAACCUCCGGCUGCCCGAAGAUGUUGGACGGGACAAAAAUGGAGGAGCUCCCGUUACGUUCAGGUCCAACCACCCUGGGAAUGCUUAUCGGUUCUGAAUGCAAGCAUAAGGAAGUUUGUGACGGCUGUCAACGACCUAUAGAAGACCGUUUUCUGAUGCGAGUGAACGAUGCUUCCUGGCACGAACAUUGCUUGCAAUGUACAGUAUGUCAACAACCACUCACCAGGAGCUGUUAUUUUCGAGACAGAAAACUUUACUGCAAGCCCGACUAUGAACAGUUGUUCGCAGCGAAGUGCAAUGGCUGUAUGGAGAAGAUAGCACCGACGGAAUUUGUCAUGCGGUCUUUGGAAUGCGUUUACCACCUGAGCUGCUUCUGUUGCUGCGUCUGCGAGCGGCAGUUGAGGAAGGGCGAUGAAUACGUGCUGAAAGAGGGGCAGCUUCUCUGCAAAAGUGACUAUGAGAAGGAGAAGGACCUGCUGAGUUCUGUCAGCCCGGAUGACUCUGAUUCAGUAAAGAGUGAUGACGAAGAUAUUGACAUUAAGCCAAACAAGAUUCAGGGAAUACAGGGGAAGGCUUGCGAAGAUGGCAAGGAUCAGAGGAGGCCAAAACGCCCCCGGACCAUCCUCACCACCCAGCAAAGGAGAGCAUUUAAGGCGUCAUUUGAAGUGUCUUCCAAACCUUGCAGGAAGGUCAGAGAAACUCUUGCAGCUGAAACAGGGCUCAGUGUCCGCGUAGUUCAAGUUUGGUUCCAAAAUCAAAGAGCCAAGAUGAAAAAAUUGGCCCGACGUCAACAGCAGCAACAAGAACAACAAAACGGUCAACGUCUUGGACAAGAAGUGAUGUCCAAUAGAAUGGACGGGGUGAUAAACUCAUACGCUCCGCUCGCAGCCCCACCACAGCAGCUGGUGUCCAUGGAGCAGAACGGGUACAACUCCGACCCCUUCCAGCAAGGUCUCACCCCUCCCCAGAUGCCAGGGGAUCACAUGAACCCAUAUGGAAACGACUCCCUCUUUCAUGACAUCGAUAGCGAUACCUCCCUCACCAGCCUGAGUGACUGCUUCCUGGCUUCGUCCGAGGUUAAUCCCAUGCAGGCUCGGGUGGGUAACCCCAUCGACAGGCUUUACUCCAUGCAGAACUCAUACUUUGCCUCGUGAAGGCCACCAGGACUUCAGAAUGAAAAUCCCACCUGACAGAUUGUGUUGACUUUGAACGGAGGGGUGGAGGGGAAAAACUGUAUGGCCGUAAUCUCUUCUCAUCCACUAUUUCCCAUGCGGCAGAGAAACUGACAGCAAGAAGACAAUGAAAGUGACAUACAAAA